CCUAUUUUGGCCAGUCUCGCGGUCAAUCUCGAACCGAGCAUUUCUCAGCCUCAAGUUACCGCCCCCUCAAGAUGGCAAAAACUGGACUGAUCGUGUGCUUUCUUGCUCUCCUGUUCAUCCAGGUUCGGAGUGAACUAUCCGAUGACCGAGAAAAUGCCCAACAUCCCCGACUGCCGUCAUCACGCGACUUCGAGGCCCUUGACGAGGAGCUGGAAACACGAUUCUGGCACGAUAAGGCCCAAUCGAUUCUGGCCGAUAAGCUGGCCAGCCACAACAAACUCAACGAAAAUCGAGCCAAGAACGUGAUCCUUUUUUUGGGCGACGGCAUGUCCAUCCACACGAUAGCGGCCACACGUGCCUUCAUGGGCGAUAGCAACAAGCAGGUCUUCUUCGAGAAGUUCCCCUACCUGGGACUGUCCAAGACCUAUGCGGUGGAUGAACGCACUCCGGAUUCGGCCAGCACGGCCACGGCCUAUUUGACCGGAGUCAAGGCCAACUAUGGCACCAUCGGAGUGAAUGCCCAGGUGCAAAGGGGCGAUUGUGUGACCAAUUCCAGCAACCAUGUCCACAGCAUUGGUCAGUGGGCCCAGGAGGCGGGCAAGUGGGCGGGCAUUGUGACCACCGCCCGGGUGACACACGCUUCUCCAGCCGGAGUUUAUGCCCAUGUGGCUGAGCGGAACUGGGAGCACGACGGCGAGAUCGUUAGCUCAAAGUGCAGUCCGGAUAUCAACACGGACACUGCCCGCCAACUGGUGGAGUGGCCAGUGGGCCAGGAACUUCGCGUCAUACUGGGCGGUGGUCGGUCCUAUUUCCGGGAUCAGUCCCAGCACGAUGAAGUUGGCGUUGCGGGCCUGCGAACCGAUGGCCGAGAUCUGAUCCAUGACUGGCAGGAGAUCAAGAAACGGCAGGGAUCGGAGGGCAAGUAUGUGUGGUCCCUCAAGGGCCUCAAGGAAACGGAUCUCAGCAAGACGGACUAUCUGCUUGGGCUCUUCGACACUUCCCAUCUGCCCUACCACGGUGAUCGUCGGCGAACCCACUAUGAGGACGCCGAGCCAUCCCUUUCCGACAUGACAGAAGCAGCCAUCGAUUUGCUCAGUAAGAACGAGGACGGAUACUUCCUUUUCGUGGAGAGCGGUCGCAUCGAUAUGGCCCAUCAUGCCACGAAAGCGAGGAAGGCUCUGGAGGAUACCCAAGAAUUCGCGGCGGCCGUGGAAAAGGCAAGGAAAAUGACCAACGAAGAGGACACUCUCAUCGUGGUCACGUCGGAUCACUCGCACACCAUGUCUAUCAAUGGCUACCCGUAUCGUCGCCAAAACAUCCUGUCCCUGGCUCCCAACUUGGCUGAUGACGAACUGCCGUUUACCAUCCUGUCCUAUGCAAAUGGUCCAGGAUUCAUCGAUACCUACAGUUCCGAGUCUGGACGCAUUGAUCUUGCCAAUGUGGACACGACGAACGAGGAGUUUGCCUUCCAGGCCACGGUUCCCCUGAGUAGCGAAACCCAUGGCGCCGAGGAUGUGGGUGUCUUCGCCUCCGGUCCCUUCGAGCAUCUCUUCACUGGCAAUUUCGAGCAGAGCUCCAUCCCAGCGAUGAUGGCUUAUGCGGCCAACAUUGGACCCUUCGCGAAGGACAAACUGAACGAGUAAUAAAGUCUUCAUUUAAAUCGCA